CCAAAACGGUACUCUGCUCUGUAACCUCCGCCUUUUGGAUAUCAAGAGCAGACAAAGCUGCAACUCUAGGUUAUUAUCGAGGGCGGUGAUACAUGGCGGACCAUUUUCUUCGAGGAGAUAUUCUUCCCCGUAUCUCGCAGUGAGAAAAGGCGGGAGGCGUAUCGCUCGCCUCAAUCAUUGUCUCUGCUCCCCUCAAUGAUAAUGAUCCUCCCGAAAUCCAGGCCCCCCAAGACAUGGAUGCAACAUGUCUUUGAAUAUCAAAGCCUGGAAUUGUCUACACAGUCCAGGACUGUAUUGUACAGUACAUCCAUACACACAUCGACCAUACUCUACGGCAGGUACAUUUCAGUUGAGUAACUCAAUGAACGAAUGCAUCAAUGUGCCGUCUCUCUUGUCUCCCUGAUCCUUACACUCUGAGGCAGGCUGGCGCUAUUUGGCGCUGCAUGGCGCUGGGCCGCUGGCGUGCCUCUGUCUCUGUUUCUGUCUCUGCCAUUUUAUGGAGUUGGACUUGUUUUUUCCUUCUCACCUUUUGUUUUAGACCUCCCCGCGGCUGUGCUUGCUUGCUUGCUUGAUGUGCUGUGCUGUGCUGUGCUGUCCGUCAUGUACACACACACCCUCCUCGUCUUUUUUGGGCCUGGUCGACUGGGCUUGGGCUUGAGCUGGCUGGCUGGUGAUGGGGUGGUGGGCUCACCCUCCCCCCCUGGUUCCCUCCCCUGGACUGGCUUCAGUUGCUGGGCCCUAGAGGCUUGAGGUUAGAGAGAGCUAGGCCCUACCAAUGUACCGGCCGAUGUAUCGUACAUGGCUUCCACCUCUGGGACACUCUCUACCCCAGCAGCUUCCUCUCAACUUGUCUGUCAACUGGAGAGAGCCGAUCCAUCGCGGACGGGGCCCGAAUGCAGGUGCAGUGGUUCCUUGACUAUAUCUACGUUGGUAGCCCCCAACCCUCUCGCUGGGUCUUGCAAGAGCUUGCUACUCGACAACGACAACCUUAAAGGGUCAAUCUACCACGACAGUGUUUCUUUUAAAGACCAUUGUCUGUCCUUUCCAAGACGACAAGACAGUAUAUCAACUGGUCUUUGAAUCCUUCGACCUAUAGUGCCCCUCUCACCAUCCACCGAGCACUAACAUUACCCUCAUCUCCAGCUUCAUCUUCACCACGAACACUUUGAGACAACUCUUCUCAAACACAUCUUGGUGAACUGGGCAUUCUUGAUUAGACCCUGGCAACACUCCUUCUUCUCGAAACACAGAGAAGUUCAUCAACAGCACACGAGUUCCGGGAAAUCAACCUGAAGAAGAUUGUUUGCCGCGUCUAAACCCACAUCCACCAGAAACAUCUCAGACCCUCGAGACUUCGACUCACCUCAAGCCUCACUCCGUUUUCUGGAAUGCGAAGUGCAGAUAAAGGUGAUUGCAAACCGAGCUUGAGUUACAACUACUUCAAGCCCGUCCUCACCUUGACCAACACAACUCCCAUCUUCACCUUACCGACAUUCAAAACCCUGUCUUCCGCCCUUCUUCCACAGACAUCAUGACAGCCUUGACAGAACCAUCAUUCGCAAUGUUCCCUCACCACUCCGACGCCGAGGAAUUUGCCCGAUAUACGGACUCAAACGUCAUCUUCACUUCGGGGCCCAUGGACGUGAGCAUCCCUGCCGAUGCCUUUGGCUUCCAACAGCAGAGCGGCAGUCAAGAUGUAUUUGCUUCGUCCAUGGGAUUUGUCGAGCCCUCAUUAUACGCCGAGGCUCCCAACUACGUGCUCAACAGCCGCGCAUCACCCAGCAUGUACACAGAUGAAUCUUCUGACAUGAGACUCCCUUCAUCAAGCCUUUCCACAGCCUCGGCAGCGUCAACAACGUCUUCGGCAAUUGGAUCUCCCCAAUCAAACCAUGGCCAAAUGGGUGCAAUGCCCGAGUGGGCUACCCAAGGCCUCGGGCUCCAGCCUGCAAUUGUGGGCAGUGACUACAUCGGAUCCGAUUUUGCGUCGUUUCCUAGCUCCGGAAUGGAAGAGCUCAGCUUUGAUUUCCCGGCAGCAAAGGCUUUUGUUGACCCAUCUCUGAUUCAUCCAGAACUUACUCGCCCUCCCAUGGGGAUCCCUCCCUAUGACAGUCACUUCCAGCAAACCAAUGCCAAUCCCAAUCACACAUAUCCCACUUCUCCUUCUGCCUCUUCCUCUUCGCCUCAACCUCACAUGAUGAGGACCAAUAGCUCUUCACCUUUUCUCCAAACCACAAACUUUCAAUCCACUUUUCCCAGCAGCCCUUACGGUGCACCAAUGGAUAAUCACAGUCAAACUCAGAACCAUAACCAUAUCCGUGCCCCAAGCGUCACCCAGUUCGUUCCACCUACACCAGGCGAGUAUAGCAGCGACGAGUCCAAGGAGAAGCAAAGAUGCACCUAUCCCGACUGCGGCAAGACCUUCAAGGACCUCAAGGCUCACAUGCUCACUCACCAGACUGAGCGGCCUGAGAAGUGCCCCAUUCAGACCUGCGAGUACCACACAAAGGGCUUUGCUCGCAAGUAUGACAAGAACCGUCACACCCUCACACAUUACAAAGGCACAAUGGUCUGCGGCUUCUGCCCAGGCUCCGGCUCGGCUGCGGAGAAGUCCUUCAAUCGUGCCGACGUCUUCAAGCGCCACUUGACUGCAGUUCAUGGUGUUGAGCAGACUCCACCAAACAGCAGAAAGAAGUCUUCUGCAGGUGCCAACUCGAACAAGAAGCUGACUGGCUAUGCUUCUGAUGCUACUGGCAAGUGUAGCACUUGCUCACAGACCUUCUCCAAUGCACAGGACUUCUACGAGCAUCUUGACGACUGUGUGUUGCGCAUUGUUCAGCAAGAAGACCCUGCCGAGGCCAUCAACGCCAAGCGCCUUGCUGAGGUUGAGAACGAUAAGGAUGUGCACCAGACUCUAGAGAAGAACAACCUACCCACUACCACAGACACGGCCAUGGCAAACCACGGCGAUGAAGAUGCCGACAGUGGUGACGAUGAUGAUGAUAGCUCUCCUCGAAGCAACUCCUCCCCCGCCACAAGAAAGAAGGGCAAUCCAGUCAAUGGUGUCCAGAAGUCUCGCGGUGUCACUCACUCCCGCGGUGGUGUUCCCUUGGGAACCAAGACUCGCAGCCGCAAGAACCGCCGCGACUACCCAUCGUCGUGGGGCUUUGAUAAGGGCCAGAUGACCAUGAAGAAGCGUGUUAUGGCCGUCUUUGAUGGUCCUCGUCGUCUUGCCAAGGAUGACAUGAUGCUCUCCACCGAUCAUGAGGUCCGUAUCAAGCUAUCUGAUGGCAAGUCUUAUGUCACCGACCUCGACGUUCAAACUCUUAAGCGAGCCGCUGGCUUCCACGGCGCCACUGAUGAAGAGAAGGGUCCUUGGAUCUCCGAUGACCCUACCGCUGAGCAGCUCAAGGAGAUGCAGCAAAUGCUCACCACCACCACCACUUUAUAACGACUCGAUGUCAUCGACCACACACACCAACGAUCACCAACUACAACCCCUCAAAGUAUACGAACAGAAACACACCGAAAAAAAGCAUAAUAGGCGCGGCGUAAGCGGGACUGUAUUAGAAAAAGGGAACACCCGGGUAUUUCGGAUACUAUUUUAUGGCUGGGUUUAGGCUUGGAUUUGGGAAACAGGACACAUCCGCUUAUGAAGAGGCAUAGGUCGAGAGUUUCGAAGCAAAGGAAAGGAACGGAAAGGGAACUGAUUUGCGCCAUGGAGUUGACAUAUCGAUACCCAUGUUUUUACUGUUGUUUUAUCUGGGAUUUGGACUGGUACCUCACCCAUUGAUGGCUUAAUGACAAUAAUGGACUAUCUUGACAGCAAUACUUAUUUGAGGACUCUGUCCUAAUCUGCAUAUUGUUCAAGCACUGUUUGCUUGUGGUGAUUGGUGUUUUUCCUUGAGUGUCUGCUGAAGUUAGUGUACAAUAUAUUUGGACUGGAAUCGGCUUGCGCAUAUGUUUCAGGAUAUGGGAGUUUUUGACGGCGUUAGUAGCUGAAAAAAGGAUGUACAUAUAAUAUGAGCACUAAGAUGAUAAUACCCCGAUCUGACAUGUUACUAGACUUGUGAUGAUCCAUAACUAACUACCUUGGACAUCAUUUGCGUUUCUUGCUGCACCGCAUCAAGCACGAACAUGUCCACGUCCAG